CAAAUAUAUCUGUGAGUACUAGCUACCUGGCUUUAUAUCUUCUCACUCAGAUGACUAUUUUCCACCCUCCAUUUCUCACCACUUCAUUUUCUGUUUAACCCUUAACCCAUCUUCACCAUUUACCUCUUAAAGCCCUAUUUCUCUAUCUAGUCAUCUCUCUUUCUCUCUCUCUCUCUCUCUAUAUAUCAACAUCUCUCCAUUCUUCAAAGCAUUUAAUUUAUUUUCUAUAUUGAAGGGUAUACCCAAACAGCAAAAACGAAGGAAUAUAUAUUAAUUACUAUUCUUUUGUUGGUAUCACUAUGGAAUGUUGGUAACAGAUGAAGAGAAGGAAUUUAAGACAUUGGUGAGAGAGAGAAGCAAUUUAUUGCUACAAUAUAUAUAUAUAUAUAUAUAUAUAUAUAUAUAUAUAUAUAUAGUGUGUCUGUAUAUAUAUAUUGUGGUAUUACUCAACAACAACGCCUGCUCACUUUUUGCUGCAAUGGAGGGGCUCCAAGGACCCAUUAAUCCCCGUUUGUUUGGGGAGGAGAUUUUGGAUGUGGAGUCCACAGAGCAAGACAGGGAUUCUACAUGGGGACUCAGUGGUUAUGGACACUUUGUGGAUGCAGAGAGCAUGCUUUUACAACAACCAUCGCAGUACUUGACAUGGUUGGAAGAUGACAAAAUCCCAUUUUUACAGAUGUUACAAAGUGCUGAUUCACCACCAUUUGAGCCUGCUUUCUCUGAACCCAGCUUUCAGCUCCUAUUGAGGCUUCAACACCAGAAAAUUCCAUGGAAUCACAACCACUACAACCACCUCUCUGAAAUGGGUGACCAAAUUACGACCAAAUAUCGCACAAUUCAAGCACUAGAGCACGAAAGCUGCGUCACCCACGACGUCUCCGACCUCCAUUCCCCGGCCAAAUCCGAGGCCGACGGCCACCGUCACUACCCACAUUCGGCUUCUUGUGUCGACGGUGCCAGCUCCGACCUCAACCAAGACCAACCCACCUCCGCAGACAAGUUCAGCGGUGAGGGAGACUCGGUGGUUAGGCCUAGAAGUUCCCGGUUCUCUGUAUCUCCGCCGGAGAACCGCGAACGAAGGAAGCGAAAGCGCACUAAGCUGGCGAAGAACAAGGAGGAAGUGGAGAGCCAGAGGAUGACCCACAUUACCGUGGAACGCAAUCGGAGACGCCAAAUGAAUGACCAUCUCAGUGCACUCCGCUCCCUCAUGCCCACCUCCUACGUUCAAAGGGGUGACCAAGCGUCGAUUAUUGGUGGAGCAAUAAACUUCGUGAAGGAACUAGAACAGUUGCUACAGUCUCUACAAGCCCAGAAAAGAAUCAAGGGACACGGAGGAGGAGGAGGAGGCGGCGCCACCUCCUCCUCCGCGGCGGUUUCAUUCGACGGUAUGUUCGAAUCAUCCCCGCAACCCAAAAUCAAGCAGGACGCGGCCAAUUGCGCGGCGGCGGAAGGAGGGAGGAGCGACGAGUUCACGGCGGAGAAAAAGUCCGCGGCGGCGCACGUGCAAGCAAGGGUGAUCCAGAACCACGCGAAUCUCAAAAUUGAGUGUAGAAGAAGAGCUGGUCAACUACUGAAGGCCAUUGUCGCACUUGAAGAGCUGAGACUCACGGUGUUGCACCUAAACAUCACGUCCUCGGAAACAUCAGUUCAGUACUCUUUCAAUCUCAAGAUAGAAGAUGAUUGCACGGUUAGAUCAGUGGAUGAGAUUACAGGAGCGGUUCAUCAGAUAUUUAAUUACAUCAACUGCAGCAGCUGCUGAUGGAUCUGAUUUGAUCUGAAUGGGAUUAUGAUGGUGGGGUUGUAGCCAUAAAGCCAACUACAUUUUGUAUUUUCUCGGAAAGAGUAGAAUGAAAAAGUGGGUUUAGAAAGAAAAGAAAAAGGUUGUGUCAGUAGGGUUUUGGGUGAUGGAAGAUGGGGAACAGUGCGCACCCCAGUUGUCUCCAUCUGCUUUUCUGUACUCUACAGAGAGAAGGGGUGCUGCAGGAAAAGGCAGAGAAGGGGACUCAUUAUUAUUUACUGCUUAAGCUUAGCUUAGCUUAAUAUAUGUAGAAUAUUAGCAUUUGCAAUUUUUUUUUUUUUGUGUUUUGUUUAUUUUUAUCUAUAUUUUGAGUGGAAAUUUGUAAGAUUUUUCUUCAAUUUUCUUAACCAGUGCAAACUUAAUUCUU